GAGACAUGAGCAGCAAGUCUCAGUAUCGUUCUGGAAGCUUGAAAACCAGGGCCGCUGCUGCAUACGUCGAAGCAGCAAUUCUUGUCAUUCUUUUAUCUUUGUCAAACAAACAUAAAUAAGAAAGAAAAUGAAUAGUUUCGCUUGGCUUCACGUUUUGUGCUGGUGUUCUCUGCUCUGCGGCUGCAACCUCGUCGGCAGCUUCGCCAUCCACCAGUUGGCCGAUGGCGAUGGAAUAGACGGCAGCCUUCAUCGCGAGAAACGACUCUUCAAAUCGCCUGAAGUGUCAUCUGGAAUCACGAGGAUAAUAAGUUCCGUUUCCUCACAUCCAUGGCAACUAAUGCCCCCUAUGAGAAGCAUUCGCCAUCAUCCGCUAUACUGGAAGGCAUCCGGCGACGAAGAGCUCUUCCUGCGUAACAAACGUAAGCCUAUCAAUGACCAAUCGAAUGAUCCAAUGUCCGACACCGAGAUAUCAACCGUUCCAUCAAACAAGGAGGAUUACAUAACACAACUUCUCGGUGGAAGAAAUCCGAUCCACCGGACCUCAGGCUGGGACCCUAAUUUCAAAGGAUUUAAAAGCGGUGACACUUCCGCUUCUCAGGGGGAUACAUCCAAGUUGUUCAAUAAAUUCUGGAACGCGGUAUACAAUCCUCUGCCGUACGGCGCUCCACGAUCCGUACAAAGAGAUGACGAGGCGGAAGGCGGCUAUCGUCAGAAGCAGGCCUCUGGAUUGCCGGUUGCCCGGACGGCGACGCGGGAGAAAGAGCGGGAAAGAUUUGAACUUCGAUUGCCCAUUCCGGAUUCGGAGAUCCAUUAUCGACAACCGGUCAACAAGCUACUGUUACAAGCCUCUUACAAUUCGCAAAAUCGAACAAAAUCGCCGGUGGCUAACUCGAGAAAUCUUUCAGAAAGACCAGUCAACGUAGAAGCCUUUCGAAUUUUGAUGGAAAUCAUUAAAUCUCUUAGAAGUAUGGAUAUCUAUUCCACCACGACGUCUCCUUCUCUGUCAAAGGAAGAAUUGAAAACGAGUAUUUCUCCAUAGUCUCUGAUACGUCAUUGAUUGCGAAUGUAUGCAUGUACGUAGCUUAGCAUUUCAUCUUACAUUGCUGUGCUAUGACUUUUUCUUGUAAAUAUUCAUUUCUCAAAUUGGCGUUCUCCUCGACGAGGGGUGAGGUCUAGGAAAACUAGUCAAGUAUAUAUAUAUAUACAUCAAUUGUAACCAUA